AUGUUGACAAUAUCAAUAACUACGGCAGUCUUUUUAUUAGCUCUGGGGUGUGUGAUGAGUGCUAGACCGUCAAUUGACUGGAUAGGAUAUCAAUGGUUCGUGUAUAAUGAUCAAAAUAUUGCACCCGGUCCAAAUAACUGGUCCUCGAAUAAUGUAUGGGUCGAUCAAGAUAACCGCCUUCACUUGAAACUUAGCUAUUCGUCUACAACAAAUGGAUGGACAUGUGCUGAAUUAUACACCAGAAAAAAAUUUAGUUUCGGCACUUAUCGAUGGUUUGUAGAAGGAGCAAUUGAUAAAUUUGAUCCAAAUGUAAUAUUGGGUCUGUUUAAUUAUGGAGGUGCUGAUUAUAUAAAUGAAAUUGAUAUUGAAGUAGCUAAAUGGGGUGCAACAAAACCAAAUGCAGCGAAUAUGGGUUUUACUGUCUAUCCAAAUGUAUUCAAUAUUAGUAAGCCAAUACAACUAGUUAAACGUGUACCUUCGAACGGAACAUACACAACUCAUCAGUUUACUUGGACUUCUGAUAAAGUUUCUUUCCUAGUUCAAGAUGGCUUUAUGGAAUCACCAGAUCAAAAUAUUCUUUAUUCAUAUCAAACACCAAACACAUUCGCAUCAGCGGUACCUUAUACUAGUGCUCCUCUAUAUAUGAACCUAUGGCUCAUGGAAGGUAGAGCACCAAUUAAUGGUAAAGAGAUGGAAAUAAUUAUUCAUGAUUUCAAGUAUAUUAAAGCAUAA